UCCCCAUGGCUUACCAAUCUCAAAUUUCAAACAGCUAUUCCCUGCUGAACCCCGUCUUUUAAAUAUUUGUUAUAAAAAUAAAAUAAUUAAUUAAAAAAAUAACAAAUACAUAAAAAAACAAAAAAAGAAGAAGAAAAUUCUUGGUUCAUGCUAUUGCUCUUUAGUCUUUUCUACGAAGAAAGCCUCUCGAUUAAGAAUCAAUCAUCCACGAAAAAACUCCCUUUGUCCAAAACCCACGUCAAGUUCUUACAAAUCAAUCUUAACAAUCACAUAAAUAAAUACUUGACACCCCCCAUAAGCCAAAAAAUUUUCUUCUUCAACAUCCUCACCGAUCAAUCUAUAGGUGAAGUAAGGAAAUGAACGUAAAUUUUGUGUGUGCAUCAACAUGCAAUGAGGGGACACGUGGUUGAGUUUGGGAAGUUGGAGUGGAGGUGUCAGGGGAUUUGGUGAAGGUGGAAGGGCAAAUUAUGGCGAAUCAGGUGGUGAAAGUGAAGAGGGAGACGAUUGCGGCAUGCAUGACUUGCCCGCUCUGCAACAACCUCUUUAGAGAUGCCACCACCAUAUCUGAAUGUCUCCAUACGUUUUGCAGGAAAUGCAUAUAUGAUAAGAUAUCAGAGGAGGAAUUAGACUGCUGUCCUAUUUGCAAUAUUGAUCUCGGUUGUGUUCCACUGGAGAAAUUGAGGCCAGACCACAAUUUGCAAGAUGUUAGAGCAAAAAUUUUUCCUUUCAAAAGAAGAAAGGUAAAUGCACCUGAAGUGGUAGCUCCAGUUACAUUACCAGUUAGAAGAAAGGAAAGAUCACUCUCUUCACUGGUGGUCAGCACCCCAAGAGUAGCAACCCAUGCUACGAUGACUGGAAGAAGAACAAAAUCUAUUGCAAGAAAGGCUGCUGCUUUACGAGGGUCCAGUUUUUCAGUUCAAAAGCCCAUUAAAAAAGAUCAAUCUUCUGGGGAAGAUAUUCGUAAAAGCUCAAGUUCAACUGAGAGUUUGAAUAAAUCCUCUCCAAAUAGUAGGCAGAAUUCUUUCCCUGCUGAGCCUAGCCACCAUAUGCCAAAGAAAGAAACUGAGAAUGGUGCUGAACCAUGUGAAGGGAAAUUGGAUCUUUGGAAACCUUUAAAUUGUUUGGUGGAAGUUGCAAAUAGGACUAAGUCUUUCAAGCCCAAUUCACAAGCGCCUGACAAUAAAGUAGAAACUAAAAAAGUCGUGGACCAUGAACCUCCAGUGCGUAGAUUGAAAAAAAAGGAAAACAGAUGCAAAUCAAAGGUUGAGGAUGAAAAGAAUACCAUUGAUCCUAUGGGUUCAGAGACAGUCAAACCAAAAAAAUUGCACCGGGUUUGCCGAAAAAGAGAAGCUGCUUUUGGGGAAUCAAGGUUUACUCUUAAAACAAUGCUGGAAGCUGCUAGCACUAGGCGUGAAAAUAGAAUUGGUCCAAUUUGGCUAUCUCUUGUAGCUUCUGAAGACCAGGAAACAUGUCCAUCUACGCCUCAAAUCCCUGCAAUAUACUUGAGGCUAAAGAAUGGCAAUUUACCUGUUUCAUUUAUCCAAAAGUACUUGAUAAAGAAACUGGAGCUAACUAGCGAAGCUGAGGUCGAGGUAAAAUGUAUGGGACAACCAUUGGUUCCUAGUUUGCAGCUAAAUAAUUUAGUUGAUUUGUGGCUAAAAACAAGAUCGACAUCAGAACGCAUUCUAGCAACCAUUGGUUCCUCAGCAAAGGAUUUCGUGAUGAUACUAACCUAUACUCAAAAACUCCUGCAAUCUUAAUAGUUUUGUUUAUAUUAUUAUAUUUAUAUUUUUUAUUUUCUUCUCUUACUCAGAUCAUUUUACACAGUCAAAUGCCGGAUAUGUGUCUAAUACAGGGUUAAUAGCUGCAUCUCAAUCACUUAGUUGUAACUAAACAUACCUUUUUGUUUUAUAUUAAUAUUAUCAUCCUUGCACUAAUU